AUGACUGAUACCCACCAACCUAAAAUGCAAGAGCCCGAGCUCUCUGCGCAAGAGCAGCGAGCUGAACUUGAGGACUUGAUCGCUCGAGCCGCCGCGAAAGAUGCCACUAAAGACCACAAUGCAGCUUCUGAGUUGUACUCUCAAGCUACCGAGCUGCAGGCCGAACUCAACGGCGAACUCUCCCCAGAAAAUGCCGACCUGCUCUAUGCCUACGGAAAAUCACUAUACAACGUGGCAGUGAGCAAAAGUGAUGUGCUGGGAUCCAAGGUAGCUGGGGAGCAGCCCCAAUCCAGCAACCCACCUCCAAAAAAAGUUUCCUCUUCUGCUGGGUCUAAGCCCUCCGGUGAGCAUCUCGUCAAAGAUGCGAUUACCGAUUCAAAGGCUCAGGACCCGCCUUCGAACAGGGCCGCAAGUAAAGAGUCAGAAUCUGCAGGAUCGAAACCCCUCUUCCAGUUUACUGGAGACGAAAACUUUGUGGACUCUGAUUCGGAGGACGAGGAAGAUGGCGAGCAAGCCGACGAGGAGGAUGACGACGACGAUUUUGCCAACGCCUUUGAAGUUCUCGACUUGGCACGUGUUCUGUAUCUCAAAAAGCUGAGUGCUGCCGAGGCAAACGACGGAGGCAAAGGUAAAUCUACGGCUAUUUCUACGGAUGCCAAGCAUAUCAAGGAACGACUUGCCGACACCCACGAUCUUCAGGCUGAAAUCUCGCUGGAGGCCGAGAGAUUUAAUGACGCGGUUAAUGAUCUGAGAGUUGUUCUCGACUUGAGGAAUUCGCUAUAUCCUCUUGAAGAUCCUUCAGUCGCCGAGUGCCAUUACAAGCUAUCUCUCGCCCUGGAGUUUGCAUCUGUUCAACAGGGCGAUGAGGAGAGCGGUGAAAACGAGAAGAACAAAGUUGAUGAAGAGAUGAGAAAGGAUGCUGCCACCCAGAUGGAGCUUGCGAUCGAAAGUUGCAAGGUCAGAAUGGCUCAAGAGGAAAAGAAGCUUGAAGCCGACACAGACGUGGAUGAGGACAAAGUAACUGCGAUAAAGAGGAAGAUCGCCAAUGUCAAAGAGAUCAUUGCUGAUAUGGAGCAACGGCUUGUUGAUCUGCGUCGGCCGCCUGUUUCUGUAGAACAGAACGACCAAGCCAAUGAGGCUAUGCUGAAAGGUAUUCUGGGCCAGAUUGUCGGCCAGUCGGCAACCGAUCAGAAGGCGCAGCUUGAGGCGGCAAGCCAGGGAGCGACGGACUUAUCUGCCUAUGUCAAACGGAAGCCCACGAAGCAGUCAGCCCAAGGGUCUGGUUCUGCCUCAAAGAGGCCUGCCGAAGAACCUGCGGUCGAUAAUGGCUCGAAACGGUCCCGCGUCGAUGAUACCUCUCCUUGA